AUCAGCGAGUCGCAUAGCCAAGCGUCUUGUUCACUCGCUCGCUCAGUCCGGUGGUUUCGUUUCGCAUUUCUUUCUCUUGCUCGUUUUGCGAGGUUGGCGCGGUUGUAAGUGACGAUACGCUUACUGGUUUUGCAGAUUUUUUUAGAAAGUAACCCGAAAAAAAACUAAAUAUAAUGGCAGACAAGGCGCAAGCACCUACGGAAGUAGUUGAGCCUACCAAGGAAAAGGAGGUGGUCUGUGAAAAGCCUGUGAAGGCUGACAAGACUGAGAAGGCUGACAAGACCGAGAAGGUAGAAGAGAAGCCUAUUGAGAAUGGUGCAGAGAAUGGAGAUAAAAAAGCUGCUGCAGAAAACGGUGAUUCCAAAGAGGAAGCCAAGGAGGAGAAACCUGCUGAGAAAGAGACAGAAAAAGCAGAAGCCAAAACUGAAGAUAAAUGCACAGUAAAGAGGAAAUCCACAGGCGGCGGUGACGUGACAGACAGCGCUGCUGCUGCAGCAGAAGAAGCGUCGCCAGAGAAGAAGGCCAAAGUGGCGGCGAAUUCCGAAAAAGAAGCGGAAGUAACAGCCUAAACGUCCCUUCACUCCGCCCUUUUCACACACCUUCCUCUCUUUAAUUGAUAAAUCGCUUCUUCGAAUUUGUAUUUUUUAUAUAUACCUAUUAUAUAAAUAGAUUGUAUAUGUAUAAUGUUAGGGCAGAGUGUAUGAGAGCGUGCUGAAGUGACGUUGUUGAAUAAGACAAGUCUCCAGAUAGUAGGCAACCUGCAUGGAUGUUUUGUCAUAUGUUGUGUUGCUGGUUGACAUUGAUGUAUGACAUAUGCACAUAUGGUGCUGAUCAUUGGAGGCUCCGUUUCAAACUGGCGCCCUAGCGUUGCACAUAUUCUUUACUACACAUGGCACAGUUAUUUUAGAAGGUCGCAUUUAUUUUUAGUUUUCUAACGGUAUCCGUGAAGUGUGGAUGUUCAUAUUCAUUAUUAAUUAGGUGAUUUACGAAUGCUCCGCUCACUUUAGAUUCUGUUCACAAAAGGUUUAUGUUUCCAUGUUUCCUGACAUAUCAUGUUGCCGUUCUUUUCAGUAGUCGCCCAGUUUGUUCAGAAUAUUCCCUACUUUUGAAGUCAAUAACCAAAAACAAAAGCAGUCUUGUUGAUAUCAGUAUUUAUUGACAAAUAUUUUUUGGUGAAUAGAAUCGAGGGGUGGUGCGGGGCUUUGAGUUAGGACGGGUGUCAAGAUUAUAUGAGUGGUGCGUUCAUGUACUUAUUUUUGUUCAUUACGUUUAGUCCUUUUCAGAAUUUUUUUAGUUCUCGACAUAAUAAUGUUAGUUUCCUCUUUGAUCAGAUUUAGACAUACAUGUUGUGAAGUUUAAAUGUAAAAAAUAACGAUAAAUAAUAUCUGAAGCGACACAUAGUGUUGUUGUCUCUGAAGGAAUCCUGUUACAUGUAUAAAAACGUGGUGAAUCUCUGCUCUGCCAAUACCUGACUAACCCAGUGGUUUCUAAAUGUGUUCAUAUCAAAAUCUAAUUUUAUACCGCUUGUUUUAUACUAUAAGCUAAAUUAGUUUCCAAUAUGGCAACUAUUGUAGCUAACUAACAGUAUUUUAUUGCUAUGUUAAGAAAUAAGUUACAGAAAAUUAGGAAUAUUAUCACUAUCAUUCUAAAAUCCACUGGAAUUUAUCACAAAGUGUAUUGGUAUUACGUGACAAACGAAGCAAUUAUCAGGACAUCAUUUUGUAAUUCUGAAGAUUCCUUGUUUCUGUAAUUUUUUUCUUGCUGUCAGUAAGUUUAUUUUAAAAUGGUAAAUAGUCGUUCUCAAUGGAGCAUCAAAUGCCGUUAUGGUACAAAUGUUUGUAUUUUAUUAAUGGUAUGGCAAUAAAGAGUUAGUUUCCAGUAUAUCA